AUGGCAGGACAUUUUGAGCCGGACCUACGUCGGCAGAUGAUCGCCCGCUUCAUGGACGAGGUUCGCGACGUUCCCGUUCGUUUCGGCAUACAGCAACCACUCAAGUCAGCAGAUCUAUCAGCGGACAUCACACUAGCCAUCGGACAGCUCUCGAUGCACAUGCACCUCGAGGAAGCGGACUCACAGUGGCUCAUGUGUCUGGCAUCGCACCUCGAGCCUGAACUUGGAGCAACGCUCGUCCCUGCGCUAUGGAGACUCAAGGAGGAUGUCAUGACGUUAACGGAACGCGGCCAACGAGCUCGAGAGCCUUCGCCUUUCAGUCUGCCGCCUGCAGCAGCCGAGAAUGGAGACGAGGAAGCCUGCGCGGCGCAAGCGCCAGUGUGGAGGAAACGGCCACGCUCCUCCAGCCCCCAAUAUCCACGAACAGUGCCUGAUCUGAAUGCAGCAUUCUUCUCUUCAGUCCCUCCUAGCACCAGCAAACCUGUGACCAGGAGAAGAAAAGUAUUUAAGAGCUACGAACGCCAUCGUCGGAGGACCAUCCGUGACUCCGAUUGCAACUGUUUGAGGGAGCAGAAUCAAAAUCACCUUUACAGGAGACCGGCGCGCGGUCCCAGACUGCAACGGCUAGUUCAACGGUCCGAUUCCAACCGAGCUGCAACGCAGAAAAGCAUGAGCUGA